UGUCAUAUCAUAUGAUUCUGUGAUGACCGGAAGUAAACACUACGGAGUUUAUUGUAGCGGGAAAGUCGGCUGCUGUUGUCAAAUAUACAUUACUAGACUGAAAUGGUAACUUAAAAAAUCUCGUGCCAUGACAAACGUGACACUGCGGGCAGAUCUACCCUCGGCCUUGGACACGGGUGACGACCUCCUAGACAGUAUGGAGGACGAAGAUAUCCAGUCUAUCAUGAUGACCCUACAACGGUCACUGAGUGAGGAUCUGCUGCUCAUGACACUGUACAAAAUCAAGGAAUAUCUCAACAAUGACGGUGUUGUAAAGGGGUUACUUAGCAGGGAUGUGGUCAAGCACAUUGUGGGGAUAAUGAACAACUUUUCCUCCAGCACUGGAAUUCAAAAGAUUGGUUUAGAGCUGGUUGAUGCCUUUGUGGGACUAUGCCCUGAUGUAUUUGAUGAGACCCAAUCUUCAGACACUGCAUACAGAGUGUUGCUGAAGACUUUAAAAGACUUUACUAAGGAUGAGGAAAUUCAGGAGAGAGGACUGAAAAUGUUUAGCCAUCUGUUAGAAUCAGAGACCCUGCGGAACAGCUUACUAGUAGAUGACCUGUUUGGAGCUGUAGCAGACCAAUCGCUGAUAACUAUGAAGAUGUACCAAUCCAAUACUAAUGUUCAGACGUCCAGUUGUGUGAUAUUGUAUCGUAUUCUUGAGGAAGAUGCUGAACUUUUAGAAGCCUUUGUUGAAGAAAAACUAGAGACAUUUCUGGAAGACAUGAAAGGGUUCUUAUCAGAAGCCUCUGUGCUGGCAGCCAUGUUUAAAGUCCUGGAAACAGUGGCCCAGGCAGAAGAUGGUUGUUACCUCCCCUUUCUGGUGUCCCACCAAGUAGAUAAGUAUGUGUUGGACUCCUUCACUAGUGUCUCAGCUGAUGUACAACUCAUUGAGGCGGGCUGUGAUCUUCUCAUGCAACUCAAGACAGAUGAAGCUGUCCGCAAUACUUUAUAUUGUACUGACUUCCUGUCCACAACACUGGUACCACUGAUGACCAAUCACCCCUGCAGUGGAUCUAUAAUGGCAGCCGGGCUAGAACUGUUCUGUUUAUUUUGUGAGGGAGUGUUUUCGGAUAUAACAGAUGAUGAGGAAACUCGACUGAGUAAGCAGUGGUGUGAACUCAUCUUUAAUGCAAUGCUCAGACUGAUGGAUGUCAGAAAUGUACAGAUCUGGAGUUGUAAAGCUAUCGUUGAGUUGUUGAAGGUUUGUCCUCGGGCACACAGUGAGAUUGGAGAAAACAUCAUCAACAACAUACCUCAGUCUCCCCUUCAUACGAUGUGUGUGGGUAACAUUCUGAUGUACAAGAGGGACAUGGAGGUGUUUUCCUGUGCCUGUGAAGCUCUCUAUUGGUUGGCAGCUGACCACGAGCAGAUCUGUGAGAAUCUUGUGGAAAAGAAUGCUUAUAUGGCGGUGAUGGACGGAAUCCGGCGACAUUUUAUCUGGUCACUGGCGGUGGAGUGUGGCCUCAGGGCCCUCAGGGCCAUGAUCAUCUUCCAUAAUGCCAAUAAGAUGAAAUUGGUUAUGGAGGGGAUACAGAAAAAACUCACGCAAGCCUUUAACAUUCAUGGGCAUUUGGAUAACGUUAUUAUAGAGUGCAUCAGUACUAUAGCCUGUCUAGCUGAAGUGGAGAUGUUCUGUAACCAGUGCCUGGUGGAGAUGCUACACGUCCGUAUACUGACGAGUCUGGAGAAAUCUUUUGACAAUGAACUCAUGCAGGAAGCCGGACUGGAAUGUCUGUGUGUGCUCUCAGCUGCAGACAAAGCAGCAGAAAUCCUGAAUUCAGUGGGGGCUCUUAAUCAUGUGAUAAGGACUAUGGAACAUUUUACCGAUGUCCUGUAUAUUCAGAGAAAGGGGCUGGUACUGAUCCAGAUGCUGAGUGAACCAUCCAUCAUUAACAACCUUGACCUUUGCUCUCAACUUGUCAAGGUCAUUACCUCUACCAUUAUCAAGCAUAACUCUGAAAUAGGACUGCUGAAAGAGGCCUGUGUUGCUGUACAUUUGGUAUCAGAGCUUGGUCCUGAUCUUUGUGAAGAGUUUGUGAGAGCAGGCUGUCACCAGCUGAUGUUUGACAUACUGGCAGAUCACAUUGACCAAGAUUUAUCUGACCUUGCUGGAGAAUGUCUGGUGAUCUUUGGUCUCGAUGAAACCGUGAAAGCCAACAUGCUUCUGGCCGAGUGUAGGAGAGGGAACCUUGCUGGAGUAGAGAGUUUGCUGGAGAUGGAAGCCAACGUUAACUUUGUAAACGCUGAGGGCGAGACACCACUAUACUGCGCUGUCACCAACGGGAAUGAAUUCAUUGUCAGGAGACUCCUGAAUAAAGGUAUCAAUGAAAUUAAAGAUGCCCUAAGAACCAGCCUAGAACUUGGGAACCACCGAAUCACAGGACUGUUACUAGGGGCCCUGUGUCACAAACGAACAAGCUUACAUGUACCGUGGAGUGGGUUAGGACUGGGUGUUACAGAUUUUCACCCAGUGUGGUUGGAGAUGGCAGUGCCUUGGUCUCUGACAACAGAAAAAGCCGAAUCUAUGAGGAGCAGUAGAAACUGUCUGUAUGUUGGCUCCUGGAAACAUAUCACGUCCCGCGUCAAAGAGAGCGAGGCCAAAAGAAAGCGACGGAAGGAGAACCAGUAUCAGCACUCGAUGAGUGAGUCCAGUAUGGGGGGGCACAGACACAAGUUCCGGUACAAGUUCAAACAGAGCUACGAGGACCUCACAAAGAUCGAGGUCAAGAAAUCCAGAGAGAUCUCACGACGUAACACUAGUCCCGAUGUUGCUCUACUACAUCGGGAUGUUAUCCAUAGGAGGAGACAGUUAUCUCCCAUCCGUAGCCCUGCUAGCAGUAUCAAGAUGCCAGAGGAGCCACAGAAAUCUGUUGUCUUCUCCUUAGAUAGUACUGAUGAAAGUGAGAGUAAAUCCUGGAUGUUUGAAAGUUCUCAUGCUGAGGGACAAGAAUGGAAACAGAUGUCAUUGACCGGAGCUAAUCUACCCUACAGCCAGUCUGACCCGCGGGUCAAUCCAUCCGCCAAUCUAUUACCAGUACCUCAACAGGGACCCUGGUCAAGGAAGAAGAGGAGCCCCUCCCCCUCACUAACAAACUCCAACUUAGAUUCCACUAGAGAUGAAGUAUUUUAUCCUGAUAGGAGACACUCCUACACCCCUGUUCCCUCCAGUGACGGAGAAUCAAGUGACGUGGGGCGCAACGCAUCAGCUGACGAUCUGGACGUAACUGUGGGAUCUAAUGACUCCAGGAGGGAGAGUGAGACAUCUGAGGCCAGCCUGUUGGUUUCCCUGGACCUCUCCUCUAAUAACCUCAGUACCCUGAAUUCCCUCACCGAGUCUAAAGACGACAUCCCCAGAUUCUUCACAGCCGUAGAGAAACUCAGCCUUACUGAUAACACUCUAUCUACCAUCCCAGAUAACUUCUUUCAGUCUAUGGAGAGCCUACACACUGUGGAUCUGAAGAAGAACAAACUGACCAGAUUCCCUGUGGAGGUCCUGUCCUGCUGUCCAGCCUUGACCUUCCUUGACGUUUCACAUAACGAGAUAAGUGAGUGGAGAUUGGACUCUCAGAAGCAGUCAAACCUUAUAGAGCUGCACCUGAACCAUAAUUCCUUGUCUGACAUUCCACAUAACAUAGGGAGGGUAUUCACAAGACUUGAGGUACUCCAGAUCAACAGUAAUAACGUGGAUAAAUUGACUGGCAAUGGAACUCUGGGACUGGUUAGCUUAAGGAAGCUUGAGCUGAACAAGAACAAGUUAAUUGAGAUACCGGAGAAUUUCCUGUGUGAGUGUCCCAGGCUGGAAGUACUGGAGGCUGCCUUCAAUCAAAUCGAGAAAUUACCCAGUGAAAAUCGUGCCAAAUAUCUUCCCAAGCUUUCCCGUCUAAAACUGAGAGAUAACAACAUAACUGGAAAGGAUCCAUUGUUUAUUCCCAAAUUUAUCCUGGACCUACCUAUGCUGAAAUUCCUUGAUCUAAGUGACAACAAGUUGACAGGCCUGCCCAAACCAAUCUCCUGGAAGUCCCAGAUGUUAAAAGAGGUCCUAGUGUCCAGAAACCAGAUAAACAAGAUAAAUCUAGAUGGAGGAAAAGCAUGGAGCAAGCUUGAGUGUUUAAGUUUAUCCAGGAAUGGUUUGACUGAGAUACCAAGUGACAUUGGCCAGUUGAGCUCUUUAACAUCUUUAGAUGUCAGUUACAAUCCCCUGACCACACUGCCAGAUGAACUCGGAAAAUGUCAAAAAAUGUGGGAGUUUCCAUUACAUGGACUAAGCCUUGACCUUGACCCUGGAUUGUUGAAAGGAAAAGUCAAAGACCUGAUCAUGUAUCUCCACAAUCGGCUUAAAAAGGCAACGGAGUACUACAGAAUGAAGCUGAUGGUUAUUGGGUAUGCUGGACGGGGUAAAACCACUCUGCUUAGGGCUCUGAUGAAGAAGUACAAGACCCCCCACACCAACCAAGCCACUGUUGGGGUCAUAGUUCAGGACUGGAAGUAUGAGAGACGUCGCGAAAACAAGGGCACGGUAACGUACACCCUGAAUACCUGGGAUUUUGCGGGACAGGAAGAGUUCUACAGCACACAUCAAUGUUACCUGUCUAACAGAGCUCUCUAUCUGGUGGUGUGUAAUAUAAAAGGUGGUACCUCUGAGAUAGAUCAGCUGAAGCCCUGGUUGUGUAACAUCCAGGCCCGAGCCCCAGGGUGUCCCGUUAUCGUGGUGAUGACCCACUUAGACAAGAUCCCCGAGGAGAAACGAGAAGAAGUGAGGAACAUGAUGGUCGAAAGACUUCAAUGUGUCAUGUCUAAAGGAGGAUAUCCAGAAGUCAAGCAUUUUGCCUCAGUGAAUUGUACCACAGAAAAUGGAGAAAUAGAACAGCUGAGGGAAUCUAUCAAAAGAGUUGUAGAUGAUUACAAAGUCAGGGGUCAGUUUGUGAUGGGACAGAAAGUUCCUGCCAGUUAUGUGAAAUUGGCUGAUCUACUGGCAGAGACCAAGAGGCUAGAGAGCUCUUUCCCUGUGAUAAAACACAACCAGAUGCUGAAGAUUGUACAGGAAGCUGCCUUGGACCUGGACGAAGAGGAGCUACACCAGGCUGUGAAGUUUUUACAUGAGUGUGGAGUACUGUUACAUUACCCAGAGAAGGCCCUGAAUCUGAGAGAUCUGUAUUUUAUUGACCCUGGCUGGCUGUGUAGGAUGAUGGCUCAGGUCGUCACGGUUCAUCAGAUUAAUCCGUUCAUCAAGAACGGGAUUUUAAGGAAAAAAGAUGUAAAUUUGCUGUUUACAGGGAAGAAAGUGGAGAAUUUUGUGUUUCCCAAAUCUCUGAUUCCACAGUAUUUAAGGCUACUCGAAAAAUUUGAGAUUGCUCUGCCCUACUCUGAUGAGGAACUCUUAAUCCCCUGCCACCUGCCAGAAAAGAAACCUCACCUCAACAUGCCAGCCUUAUCCAAAAAAGAUAAGAUCUGCCGUUACUAUAUGAUGGCUUACGUUCCAUUAGGAAUGUGGUCACGACUUAUCACUCGUCUGAUUGUCUUCUCUAGAAGUCAGGUCACAGAGGUUUUGGUUGGAGGACAUGAGCCGUCCCUGACUUAUUGGAAUAAGGGCAUCUUUAUGUACUGGAGCAGAGAGACGUUCUGUUUAGUGGACUCUGAGGGGAUUUCAGGAAACAAGGAAGAAAUAGCGAUAACAGUGCCGAUUUCUGGACAAGGGAGCAUGAUCCUAGGACUGGUUGUGGACCACAUUGAUGGUCUGAUAGAGGAAUGGUACCCAGGCCUGACAACUAUUGACCCUAUGCAGGGGCAAGAACUCCUAGAGAAGUUUGUUCCCUGUUUCAUGUGUACAAGCGAUCUGCCCCACUUUUUUAAGGUGGAGGACUUGUUACAGACAUCAGAGACCAGUAAUGAAGUGAUGUGUGAUCAAUGUAAUAAUCUGGUGCCCCUCUCUCAACUUGCGCCUGACAUUGUGAUGAGUGAUCUCCCCUCACAUCUACUGAUUGGGAAAUUAGAUCUCCAGGAAACAGCUGCAAACCAGUUGGGAGAUGGAGGCUUUGGUAACGUGUACCAGAUGUCAUACCAGGGACAAGAAACAGCUGUCAAAGUCUUCUCUGCUAUCGGGGAUAUCCACCCCCAUAAAAUGCUGAGGCAGGAGGUGACUGUUCUGAGAUGUCUGAAUCACCCCAGUGUUGUCUCCCUUUUGGGAGUUUCCAUUCAACCACGAGCCAUUGUCUUGGAGUUAGCUCCCUUAGGCUCUAUGGCAACAGUCUUGAAAGGAAAAUACACAGUUGAUAAAAUGGUCCAACACAGGAUUGCUCUACAGGUAUCAGAGGGCUUGGCUUACCUCCACAAGAUGUUGAUUGUUUACCGAGACAUGAAGCCAGACAAUGUACUAAUCUACAGUCUUUCACUGUCAGAAGUGGUGAAUGCUAAGAUAUCGGACUAUGGGAUUUCUCGGUUUUCUACACCUGAUGGUCUGACAGCUCAGGAGGGGACACCUGCUUACAGGGCUCCAGAGGUCAUCAGGGGGGAGACCUACUCAUUUAAGGCUGAUGUCUUCUCCCUUGGUAUAACCUUGUAUGCUCUGGUGAGUGGAGGCCGCCACCCAUUUGAUGACUACGACUACAAAACAGAGAUGGACAGAGUCAUUGCUGAGGGACAUCUGGCCCCACCCAUAACACAGAAGGGGUGUCAGCCUUGGCCAGACAUGCAGACAAUAAUUACCAGCUGUAUGAAUCAAUCUCCAGACAAAAGACCAACAUCACACCAAGUUUGGGAGAGGCUAAAGGAUCCAGAAAUUUUAGGUUUGAAGAGAGUCAUCCCAAUAUCUAAAGGCACAACUGUAGAGUGUUUCACAAUACAGGAGCAGGACGGUGGAAAGGUUUACCUGUGGGUGGCCAGUGGUGACUGUGACUACGUACAGCUGUCUAGACUGGACUUAAUGGACCAAACUCCAGAGGUCAAGGGAGCCAUGUUUAGGUAUGGGAGAAUCCUAGCUCUACAGUCGAUCAGUCAGGGUUAUCUACUGGUGGGUACUCAGAUGUGCCGAGUCUGGUUGUAUCAUACACUCAGACACGAGUUUCUACACUGCUCUACACUACUACCUGAUGCUGUUCUCUGCAUGUUAAAUGUACCCAAGGCUGAGGACCUUAUAUUUGUGGGUCUUGCCAAUGGAACUUUAGCGAUGUUUCCACAAUCGGAAAUACUUUAUGAAGAAAAAGCCUGCCCAAUGUUCCUGUCCCCAGGUAAGAAGCAUGAAGCCGUCCGAUGCCUGGAAGUAGAGGCCAGGGGUAAGAGGGUGUACUGCUCCUGUGGGUCAAAGAUUGUGAUGCUGAGUUACAGGAGGGGGAUAGCCCUGGAGAAAUCAGUCGAGACCAGAAAGGACAGUGCAAGGUCUGUGCCUAUUUAUGGCCUGUGUGUCAGCAGUAAGUCCCAGGUGUUCAUCUGCCACAAAGGAUCACCUGUCAUACAGAUGUGGGACCUCACUAAGGAAACCCUGAAAGCUCAGUUUGACGUCUCCCCACUGGUUGGACUGAAGCCAACACAGUGUAGGCUUACCUCCCUUGCUUUACAAGAAAAUCAUGGAAUUAGAGAUUUGAAUCAUGGGAUAUUGUGGGCGGGGACUGGAGAUGGCAGAAUAAUACUGAUGGAUGGUAAAUCGGGGAAAUCCAUCACCUCUUGUCAUAGGUACCGCGGCCCUGUACGUGCACUGAAAUCCUACAUGUUCAAAAGUAACAAGCCUGACAAGGAGAGAUUUUCUGGUGUUCUCAGUGGGGGCUUUGGUUUUAAUGACAACUCGGGGGAUAAAACAACUAAUGACAGAGAUGAUGAAUGUGGGUGUGUACUUUUAUGGGACAGGGAGUUUGGGAGAAUUGCUAAAGAUUUGGAGUUUGACACCAAAAGGCGGGCUUUGUUUGUAAGGGGCUCACAGGAGGGGAAGUGGAGUAAAUCUCUGGAAAAUGUGCUAUAUAAUAAAUCCGUGUUACAACUAAGUGGGAGCAACAAUUCACUUGUGGACAAUGUCCAAUGCUCCAACGAAGACAUUACUGAGGAGAAUCAGGGGUCACCUUUAGUUAACUCGGGGUCACUUCAAGGUCAUCAGAGGUCAUCUCAAGUUCAUCCAGGUUCACCUAAAAUUCAUCAGAGGUCACCUCAUGGUGAUGAGAAACAGCAGCAUUCUCCAGAAAAUGAAAUGUUCGAUUCCCUGUGAGAUUACCUUUGCUUAAAAUGCUUACAUCUCAUUCAGUCUACUUUUAUGUCAAUCAGAGAACUUUGGAGGCAGCCUUUU